UCUUCCUCCACCUACCUUGCUGUUCCCCGUCCCUACUACUACGGUCUCGCUUUCAAUUCAGCCACAUCUGUCUGCUCCGGUGCUUAUAUAAAGACCGCCCUUCUUAUCUACUACUCCUUAUCUACCAACGCCCCGGGACUCUCCUAACAGCUCUCUCCACCGACCAACUAUCUCCACGUCGCCCUUUUUUUUCUUCUACAGGAGGCAGUACUGCUCUUCAUCCUGAGGCUUCAGCUUGCAUCCAAGUUCUUGCCAACCACCGCACCACGCCCACGGUUAACACCCGCGCCCCUUCCCCAACCAGCGCCAAUUUGCACGCCGCAUACGCAAGCGCUUAUCGGCUGUUCCUACUCCGGUGACUCCUCUUGACUCCGCCCCGUUUCUCGCCACCCUUAUUCCAUCAUGGCGCCCCGCAAGCCUCGCUGCAACUUCAAGGAGUGCAAGGAAGCCGCCCAACGCAUUGUCGGCGAUUGCAGCUUCUGCAGUGGUCACUACUGCUCCAAGCACCGCAUGCUGGAAGCUCACUCCUGUACCGGCCUGGAGGACUGCAAGAAGGAGUCGCAUGCCCGCAAUGCCGAUAAGCUGAACAGCGAGCGCACCCACGUCAUCAAGGGCGUAUGAGGUUUUCGCCCGGCACCACGCCAUUACCUCAUUAAUCACAUUCCUCUUCAUUUCCCGUUGCAUCGUCAUAUAUCGAUUAGCACGGUGUUUUCUCGUCUCUUCAGCCAUACUAUUUAUUGCAAGGCGGAGUUUUUUUAUUUUUCUGUCUAAUUCACAUCACAUUGGCUGGGGCUCGCCGCAGUUACUGCACGGACAGUUUCGCACCCUGGUGGUUUAUAAGCAAGGCUUGGGGGAGUUCUGCACAGAUUUUUGUCCUCUUAUCAUCUGUGAUAUUGUACGCUUGGCGUUGAGACUACCUCUGGAGUUGUGAAUGAUUACUUCUUUUUCCUCUUGAUUCAAUGCUCAUCGCAG